UCAAACAACAUCUUAAUUAGUUAUGUUUUUGUUGAGUUAUACAGCCCCAAACAGGGGAUGUUAUGAUUGUUUUAUUAUAUUUUGUAUUCAUUGUGGUAUGAUAAUAUUAUGUUUAAUGUUAGGAUUGUAAAAAGUUUUGUACGCAUGGCUGGACGAAACAAACACACAUGGACUACUGAAGAAGAUGCAAAGUUAAUUGAAGCAUUGUUGGAGUUACAUGUAUCCGGAAAGUAUGGUGGUGCCGAUAACGGAUUCAAACCCGGUUAUUUAAAGGCAGUGCAACAACUACUAGAUGUAAGUCUUCCUAACUCGGGUUUGAAAGCAGAGCCUCAUAUUAAAUCGAGGAUGAAGACAUGGAAAAACCAUUUCAACAUCGUGCACGACAUGGUAUACGGAACAAACACGAGUGGAUUCGGUUGGGAUACGGAUAAAUGUUGUGUUACCGCCGAUGCUGAAGUUUGGGAUGAGUACAUAAAGAGUCAUAAAGGUGCUGCAUGUUUUCGCGAUAAACUAUUUCCCCAAUUCGAUAAUCUAUGUAAAAUCUUCGGUAAGGACAGAGCUACUGGUCUUGGAGCUACUGGUCUUGGAGCUACUGAUCUUGGAGAAGAUGUGACUGAAGAGACACAAAGAAGCUCACAUGUUGAAGUGGAAGGGUUGGAAGAUAUUGUUGAAGAGACGCAACAAAUUGCUCGUGGCAAUAGUAAACGCAAAAGGCCUCUAACAGAUGACACCGAAAGCUCUUAUAAGGAAGCUGCAAAAGAAAUGAAAGAGACUUUCAAGGAGGUUGGUGAAAAACUCAAUGAAACAAUAUACAAUAUAGGAAUGCACGAAAAUAAAGAAGCAUGUGAUAUGAUAGAUAAAGUUAUCGAAGAUAUACAACACAUGCCAAAUAUCAAUGUCAAACAGCGAAUUAAGGCGAUUGACAUGUUUAGCAAAGAUCAAUUUCGUGCCCGGGCAUUUUUUAAGAUGACAGAAGAAGAAAAGAUUUGUUAUAUGGAAAUGAUUGGGGAUGGCUCAAUAUCAUGA